UUGAAAUCCACCAAUUUCCAAUUGUCUAUAAUCGAUGAAUCUAAUCAAUGAAUUAUUGUCAAUAAUACGAAAUUGUUUUCUAUUAAUUUGUGGCCUAUUAAUCAUCAGUGGUGCUACGUUGGAAUUGAUUUUUGCACCAAUGUUAUUGGGCAAAUAUUAUUUACCAUCGAUUAUUCAUCAUAUACAACAACAACAACAACAUCAACAGUCAUGUUUGAUAAUAUUUUUCUAUACAAUAUUGAUGACAAUUCAAUUGUUCAAUAUGAUUGCAUCUAUACUAUUGUUUUAUCAUAUAUUCAUUACAAAUUAUCAUGAUAAAUGGUUAGCAUAUGAUUCAUUAAUGUUAAUAUCGAUCACAAUGUCAUUGGCAUUGAUUUUAUAUCAAAAACAAAUGGAUUGGAAUUUUUAUCAAGAAAUUGUUAAAAAAGAUUUCUAUAUUCAAAUCAAUCGUAUUGGUGAUUAUGUUUGUCAACGUGGUAGUAGUAGUAGUAGUAGUAAUAGUGGUAAUGAUUUAAGAAAUUAUCGAUCCACAACAACAACAACAACAAAUCAACAACAACAAUGUCAACAUUCAGAUGUUUAUUAUUGGCAUCAAAUGAAUCGUUGUUGUGGUUGGCAAUCACCAUCAGAUUUACUUGGUUUAAUUAAGAAUACGAAAAAAAUUUCAAAUAAAAAUAUCAGUAAUGAUGACAAUAGUAUCGAUGAUCAUCGAUUACCAGAAUUUUGUUGUGAAUCAAUAAUAAGUCGUAAUGGUGGCGGCGGCGGUUUUCGUAAUCUAAAUCGACAUAAUAUUCCAUUCUGGAUGAAACGAAAUCAGAAUCAGAAUCAGAAUAAAAAUUAUUGCCAUUUACAAUCACCAUUCAUUUUUAAUCGUACCUGUAAUGAUGAUAAUCAACAAAAUCACCACCAACAACAGAAACAUCAGAAUUAUCGUUAUACAGCACAAUCAUUCAUGUCAUUACGUAAUCUAUCAUUGAUUAAUCAUCCAAUCGAUUUGAUUUAUAUUUUAUUGAAAUUAUUUGGCACAUUGGUUUAUACAUAUUGUAAACAACAUUUAUUACCACAGAUUGAAGGACCAUAUUCAUUUUAUUUGGUUCCAUAAUGUAGAAAAUUUUUCUGGAAAG